AUGCCAAAAAAAAACUUAUCUUUGCGCAAUUUUGCUUCCAUAGAAUCUAGGAUUACUGAUUAUUCUUCAUGGACAAAGGAUGAUUUAAUUAAAAAGAUUAUAGCAUUGGAACAAGAAAUUUUAUUCAAAAAAAAAAAAAAUACAUAUACAGAACAAUAUAUAUUUGAAGAUUUAAAUUUUUCUGAUAAAAGUUCUAGUUCUAUCAAGAAACCUUUUUUAAUGUCAAAUUAUAACCAAAGAUAUAUUGCUUUCAAAUUUGCAUAUUUAGGAUGGUAUUAUAAUGGCCUUGUAACGCAAGGAAAUAAAACACAGUUGCCUACAGUAGAAGAAACUAUAUUUUUUGCUCUUAAAAAAGCUAAGCUUAUUGAUCAUGAAAGAAAUUGUAAUUUUUCAAGAUGUGGACGAACAGAUAAAGGUGUUACUGCUAUAGGUCAAGUAAUGGCACUUAAUGUAAGAAGUAAUAAACCUUUUAAUGAAAAUUCUGAAGAAAAAUGGAGUGAAAUAAAAUAUAUAGAUAUUUUAAAUAAAUUACUACCAAAAACCAUUAGAAUAUUAGCAUGGUGCUCAGAUCUUCCUUCAGACUUUUCUGCUCGAUUUUCAUGUCAAAAAAGACAUUACAAAUAUCUUUUUUUCAAAGAUUCACCUAAUGUCCAGCUUAAUAUAGAAAAAAUGUCAAAAGCAGCUAGUUACUUUAUAGGAAAACAUGAUUUUAGGAAUUUUUGUAAAUUAGAUACAAGCAAACAAAUAACAAAUUUUACAAGGAUAAUAACUAGAUCCGAAAUCAAUAAAUAUAACACAGCUGAAGAAAAUGAUUCUCUUUAUGUUUUUGAUUUGGAAGGUACUGCUUUUUUAUGGCAUCAAGUACGUUCCAUGAUUGCUGUUCUCUUUUUAGUUGGUCAAGAUCUUGAAAAACCUGAGAUUAUAAAAACAUUGUUAGAUACUUCUAAAACGUCCCAAAAACCUAUAUAUAAUAUAGCACAUGAUCUUCCUCUUAUACUUUAUGAUUGUCAUUUUCAAAAUCUUAAUUGGAAUUAUGGAGAAGAAACUUUUUCUCAAAGUCUAUAUAAAAAUAUUUAUGAUUUAUGGCAUACUGCAAAAAUCCAAAACACUAUUAUUGAUCUUCUUUUAAAAAAUAUACAAAAUAAUAAAAUUCCAAAUAACAUUAUCACGAAAAAAGUAAUAAUUAAAGACGGAACUGGUGUUAAUCAAUCUUUAACAAAAUAUGUACAAAUAGAAAAUAGGAAAAAGGAAAAUAAUUAUAAAAAUGCUAAAAACAAAUAA